AUGCCGGGGUUUAUGGAGUAUGUGGGAGGCCUUUGCUCGUCUUUUUCAUUCCAUGGGCCUGCAGAUCUUGCUUUAGCAACCAAGCUGAAGUUCUUAAAAAAUAAAAUUAGGAGUUGUGUGGCAUUUGAAAGAAGGCAUAGGGAUGCUGUCUAUAAUAAAAAAAAGGAGGCAGUUGAAAAAUUGGAAAAAGAAGCUGAACUAAGGGACCUGAGGCCAACGGAACUCCAACAUAGAGAAGAAUGCAAGUCUUUUAUGUUGGAAUAUGAUAGGGUUAAAAUGUUGGAUUAUCGCCAGAAAGCUCGGGUUAAGUGGGCGGUGGAAGGGGAUGAAAAUACCGGAUUUUUUCACGGGGUUAUAAACGCAAAUACAUCAAACAACCGAAUUAAUGGGUUAAUGGUAAACGGGGAGUGGGUGUCAAAUCCGACGGUAAUAAAGGACAAAGCCUUUACUUUUUUUGCUGAAAAAUUUAAGGAGCCGAUGAAGGACCGGCCGCCGUUUGUGUGUCCAAAUUUGUCCCGCCUAACCAACUCGGAGGCUGAAUUACUGAUUGAACCAUUCUCUUUGGCGGAAAUAAAAGAGGCCGUAUGGUCGUGUGACGGGGAAAAGGCUCCUGGACCAGACGGGUUCAACUUCAAAUUCAUUAAAAGGUGUUGGGAAGGGUUGAAAGAUGAUUUCAUGGCUGUGUUCGAGGAGUUUUUUUAG